AUGGCCGGCACGCUCUUCUUCUUCCUGGGACUGGCGGUGCUCGCUCGAGGGGCGGUGGUGCCCGCCGUGCCGGCGGCGGUGGCGGCGGCGGCCGUGCCCCUGGCGAAGCUGGAGGAGUUCGACCCGGUGCCGCAGUACAGCUUCGCAUACGACGUGCAGGACUCGGUGACCGGCGACUCCAAGGCCCAGUACGAGACCCGCAACGGCGACGUCGUGCGCGGCAGCUACAGCUUGAUCGAGGCCGACGGCACGCGCCGUAUCGUCGAGUACACCGCGGACCCGAUCAACGGCUUCAACGCGAUCGUCAGCAGGGAACCGGCGGUCGCCGCGGUCGCGGCUCCGGUUCUACCACUCAGACCGGCGGCGCUGACCCCGGUCGCGAUUCCAGCCGCGCCCGGUGCCGCCCCGGCCGCCCCGUCGAUCCCCGCCGUCGGACCCGACUCCGACGUCGAGGUGCUCGACACCCGGUCGGGCCCCUUAAGGGCGAAACCCGCGUCGCGCGAGCGAGAGAUCCAGCAGCUGCAGCGGCUGCAGGAGCAACAGCAGCAGCUGCGGGAGCAACCGAGGCGCUCGUCGAGAUUGCAGAUCCAGCAUCACCAGCAGCAGGAGCAGACGCAGCAGCAGGAACCGCAGUCUGCGCGGAUCGUCGGGCAGGCAGCAACCGGGCGCAGCGAGCGACAGCAACAGGCCGCCGGUCCCCGAUUGAUCGGACUCCCCGCGGCCGCCAGGGCGAUAGCCACGUACCCGGCUUACCCCUACGCCGCGUAUAGCGCCGCGUACUCCUCGCCCUUCGCCUACGCCGCGCCCCUUAACGGCCUGGCUUACACCCCCGCCGCCGCGUUAACAUAAACUAUAUCGCCCGCUCGUAUCUACCUCGAAUCGC